UCCGCCUGCGCCAGUGGGACUGAGGCCGAGCGAGCCGCCAUUUUGGUCGCUGGGCUCCCGCUGCCGCCGUCCCCGCCGCUGCUGCCGCCGCUGUGUCCCGUCCGCUGUCGGGCCGGAAGUAUAAAUCAUGCUGGGCUCUGGGUUCAAGGCUGAACGCUUAAGAGUCAACUUGCGCCUGGUCAUAAAUCGCCUCAAACUACUGGAAAAAAAGAAAACGGAACUAGCCCAGAAAGCAAGGAAGGAGAUUGCAGAUUAUCUAGCAGCGGGGAAGGAUGAACGGGCUCGGAUCCGUGUGGAGCAUAUCAUUCGAGAAGAUUACCUCGUGGAAGCCAUGGAGAUACUAGAACUCUACUGUGACCUUCUCUUAGCCCGAUUUGGCCUGAUCCAGUCCAUGAAAGAACUCGAUUCUGGUCUGGCUGAAUCUGUGUCAACAUUGAUCUGGGCUGCUCCUCGACUCCAGUCUGAAGUGGCUGAGUUGAAAAUAGUUGCGGAUCAGCUUUGUGCCAAGUAUAGCAAGGAAUAUGGCAAGCUAUGUAGGACCAACCAGAUUGGAACUGUGAAUGACAGGCUAAUGCACAAGUUGAGUGUGGAGGCUCCACCCAAAAUUCUGGUAGAGAGAUACCUGAUUGAAAUAGCCAAAAAUUACAAUGUUCCUUAUGAACCUGACUCUGUUGUCAUGGCAGAAGCUCCUCCUGGAGCUGACACAGAUCUUAUUGAUGUUGGAUUCACAGAAGAUGUGAAAAAAGGUGGGCACGGAAGAGGAGGAGGAGGCGGUGGUGGAUUCACAGCACCCGCUGGUCCUGAUGGAGCAGUGCCCAUGCCCAUGCCCAUGCCUAUGCCCAUGCCAUCACCAGGUUCUCCUUUCUCAUAUCCACCUCCAAAGGGACCAUCAGAUUUCAAUGGAUUGCCAGUUGGGACUUACCAGCCUUUUUCCAAUAUCCAUCCACCUCAGAUACCAGCAACUCCCCCAACAUACGAAUCUAUUGAUGAUAUUAAUGCUGAUAAGAAUGUUCCUUCUGCACAGGUUGUUGGUCCUGGCCCCAAGCCAGAAGCUCCUGCAAGACCCACCUUGAAAACUACAGAUACCUUUGACAACUUUGUGUUGCCUGAAUUGCCAUCUGUCCCCGAUACACUACCAACUACAUCUGCUGGUGCCAACACCUCAGCAUCUGAGGAUAUUGACUUUGAUGAUCUCUCCCGGAGAUUUGAAGAGCUGAAAAAGAAAACAUAGACCUUUUUUGGCUGUACCGCUCCAAGAUUUGGGAGUUGAAACUGAGCAGUUCUCUUCUUGUAAUGAAGAUUCCCAUAGAAUUCUGUUUCCUGUAUUAACGAAUGCUCUCCUUCUCUUGAACUCUCUUCCUGCUGUAUCAAAUUCUGCUGCUUUCCAGCUCUUCAUGACUUCAGGAGGCUAACUAUUGGGGAUCCUACAAGAACAAUAGAGGAGCGACUCCUGCAGGUGUGGGUUGUUCCUUCAAAUACACUUUUUCCAUCCCUUUAGUGUGGUUACAGAUUUUGUCCUUGGCUAUUUUGAAGCAACUCCAUAGGGGAAAAGAAAGGUGAAGGAAAACACUGUGGGAGAGUCAAGGUUUGCUGGACCAUGGGGAAGAGGGUAGGAUGAGACUUUUCAUCCCUGGCCUAGGGCCCAAACUCAGAAGCCCCUUUGUAAAGGGGUAUUUCUGUGGGUGAGAAUUAGGGGCAAGGUGAAUAUUUCUCACUUUCUCAGAAGUGGAGGAUAAGAUAUGGGAACUACAGCAAUAGUUGCUUGAAGCUGGGCAAUUUCAUUGCAUAUAUCCUGUUCCUGGCUGCGGGAUGCUCUUGCACCUGGAUCCAGUUGGAAAGGUUUUCUGGAAAGUUGAUGGCCUCUCUUAGUUCUGCUGGAUUCUCAGGGAGCCCUCCAUGGCCUUUUACCACUUUAGUUUGAGUGUUGAGUUUCUGUUUCGUGAGGGAUCAGCGCUACAGUUUCCUGCUUCUUCCCAUAGUGUGUUCUGUUGAAAGUCGUUUGUCUUUUCUUCUUGAGUGUACCACCGGCACCUGAAUGACAGUUUAUAGGGGAGGCAGAAAAUGCCUCUUCAAGGCUUCUGGCUGCCUUAAUACAAGCAUUGAAGUCUCUCCUAGUGAGUGAGCUGGAAAGUCCACUGUGAAGAAGAGGGGAAUCUUUUUAUUUGAAUACUUUAAGAUGAUGUGGAAGCUUAAAAAAUUUAGUCAAAAAAAACUUUAUUGGUGCCCAAAUGAGUGUAGUAGUUCUCUUCUUUCCCUGGAUAGAUGGAUGGAGAUUGACAUUCUGAUUCUUCACUUCUCCUUGGUCCUUUUAGCUAGCACCCCCCUCCCUAGCAGGAAGGCCUUCUGUAUCAGUGAUGUGGCUAGUCUUCUUUUCUCUGUAAUGUAUCUGUACAGCAGUUUCAAACAGCUUUUCUUUAAUUUUUGGAUUGAUUUGUAUCAUGGAGAUUAGUAGUUCCUAAUAAAGGUAAAGAUUCAAUGCCCUGUUUUGCUACCACUUGGCUAGAAAGUGAAGGUAUCAGUAAGGGGCAUUGGGAAUAGAGAGCCUUAGUGACUGUACAUAAAGGGUUGUCUAAACCAGCGACCUGUGGAAGCACACCAGGCAGUCCUAAUGCCAGUCCUGCAGAUCUUUAGCUUUUAGUUACUUUAAAUGUUUAAGUUAAAUAGUUUGGGGUGGGUUGUAUUUAAUCACAGAUAAUAACUUUGAAUUAUUUCCUGGGUUCAUAAUAAACUGAACCUCUUGUUAGUGCCUUUGUCUUGCAGAAAAAAAUCUGUUUGAUAUUAAGAUCAGUUCUCUCGCACACAUUGCAUGGAACAUGGCUUCAUCCUGACAUAUUACCACCACAGUCACUUUGUAAAUGUGGGCAGUAGGAUUCUAAACUAGCCAUGCAGAGAGAGUGCUGGGUGGUUCUGCUUACCUUCUCUACCUCACUGGCAGUGGGACUGACAGUACUCUGAGAUUGGUCUGUCCAGGGCCUUUGCUGGCAUGCACCUCAGCCAUGUCAGGACCACGAAGAAUACCUGACUACAUGUAAAUGGGACACACUGCUGAGGUGACUUUAAUUCUUCACUGAAUCUUACAGAGUUAAGUUUAAAAUAAGAAUGGGUACAUGCAUCUGUCAUUCCCCAGGCCAUGCCAUGCAAAAAUAAAUACCACUGGGAUGCUUAACAUUAAUCAGCCAUGAUAGGAAAGCCAAGGAUAGGGAGUGGGAAAGUCAAGCUGGUUCAUUCUCUGAAGCUUCCAUGUUGGUGCCUGCUGCUGCUGGGUCUGUUUGCUCUGGCAGUGCUUCCUUUUGAGGUCUCCGUAUUCCUAACAAAUUGGAGAGUUUUUUCAGCAGAAUUUCUGUAAGUGGUGCUUCUCUCUGUGCCUAGUCGUGGAGGAAAGGAGGAUCAAAGUGAGACAAAACUUGAAACAGUUGCUAGAGGCAGAGCAAAAGGAACAGUGCGGAUGCAGAACUUUUAUCUUAAUUUGCUGCCAGAAAGGUAAUUACUGCUGUUACUUAAUAGUUAAGUGCCAGCAAUGUGCUGGGGACUGUAUGAGGAGCAUAGAACUAAGUGUCAUUCUACAAAUAGGAAAGUGGCUCACGGAGCUCUCUGUUGACUAGCAAAGGAGGCUAGUGGUGCUGAGUAUGCUGCAUUCAUUCUUUGCUUCAGUGAUACUGAGUCUUCAUACAGCUGAUGUUAAACCCACUGAGCUGGGGGAUUACCUACCGUAAUGGACUUUCUCUCCUUGCAGAAGGUCAGCAUAAUUGCAGAAGCAAAAAGGUUAGUGAUCACAAGCACUAACAAAAUGACACUGGUGAUGAUAAGAAAGGAGCCCAGGACUGGGUCUAAGUUGACAACCUAGAAAGGUAAUAGAAACAAACCCUGAGCAAUAUGUGUAAAUACUGAUGAGAUUUUACUUCUGGUUCCAGAAAACAUUCAUAAAAAGCAUCUGCAAAUUUAGAAAAGAAGGAGAAGAGUUAUUACUGGAAGGUAUUAGACAAGUGAAACAGUUGAUUUAUUUAAGGGUGUAAUGCCAUUAUAUGCUUCAUUUAACAUAAGGAAUGGAUGAAUUAUAAUAAAAUGUAAAUUAUUUAGCUCCUCUUUUUUAUGUAGGUGACCUUAGAAAAAAUGUGUCCAAACUCUGGAAGGGUAUAUACAUGUUCAUUUUUAAGGAAUAAGAGGAUCACAUUUAAUGAAUACGUAAACACUAGAAAUAAAACUGUCCAUAACACACUCAGAAACCUCUAACUUAAAUAAAAAUGUAACAGGUUUUCAAAGAUAACUGUAUA